UGCUCAAGGACAUGUGCGUUUACACGAUUAACAAUAUGAGGAUUCGUGCUUCGAUACAGAGUGAUGAGCUGGAGAGAGGGAUGUGUUUGACGCAUGAUUGUGAUGCUUUCGCUCUGUUCUCUUCACAGCGCCUCCGACCGUCCGGAUCAUGCACUCGGGUCACGCGUGUAACGUGGAGGAGGAGCGUUACUCUGAGAGGGUUUACACCAUCCGAGAGGGAGAGAUGCUCGAGCUCACCUGCCUGGUCACCGGACAUCCUCGACCACAGAUUCGAUGGACCAAGACAGCAGGAAGUGUUUCGGACCGAUUCCAGGACUCCAGUGUGUUCAACGAAACACUCCACAUCGCCAAGAUCCAGAGACAUCAAGGCGGACGCUAUUACUGCAAGGCCGAGAACGGACUGGGUUCACCGGCCAUCAAGUCCAUCAGGGUGGACGUCUACUAUCUGGACGAGCCUGUGGUGACGGUUCAUCAGAGUAUCGGUGAAGCUAAAGAGCAGUUCUACUACGAGCGGACGGUGUUUCUGCGCUGCAUCGCUAACUCCAACCCUCCCAUCCGCUACAGCUGGUUCCGCGGACGAGACGUUCUCUCGCAAGGCUCUGAUAAAGGUGUGGAGAUCUACGAGCCCUUCUUUACCCAGCUCCAGGGGGAAACUAAGAUCUUGAAGCUGAAGAACCUGAGACCCAAGGACUACGCCAACUACAGCUGCAUCGCCUCCGUCAGGAACGUGUGCGGCAUCGCCGACCGCAGAGUCGUCUUCAGACUCACCAACAAAACUGCUCCCGCCUCCAUCAAGCUGCUGGUGGAGGAUCCGAUCGUGGUGAAUCCGGGUCAGACGGUGUCUCUGGUCUGCAUCACCACCGGAGGAGAGCCGACGCCGAGCCUGAACUGGACCCUCAGCUCCGGAUCUCUGCCGGAGAAGAGUCUGAUGAAAGACGGGACGCUCACACUGCCAGCCAUCGCCUCGGAGGACGCCGGCAUCUACAGCUGCAUCGCCAGCAACAACGUGGGCAACCCGGCCAAGAAAUCCACCACCAUCAUCGUUAGAGCGCUGAAGAAGGGCCGCUUCUGGAUCACUCCGGACCCGUACCAUAACGACGAUAACAUCCAGAUCGGCCGCGAGGUGAAGAUCUCGUGUCAGGUGGAGGCCACGCCGCCCGAGGAGCUGCAGUUCAGCUGGCUGAAGAACGGCCGGCCGUUACGCAGCUCCGAGCGCAUGGUCAUCACACAGACUGACCCCGACAUCUCGCCCGGAACCACCAACCUGGACAUCAUCGACCUCAAGUUCACCGACUUCGGCACCUACACCUGUGUAGCAGCUCUCAGAGGAGGAGCCAUCCCCGAAAUCAGCAUCGACGUCAACAUCUCCUCCACCACUGUCCCUCCUCUGUUUUUCUCUUUCUUAGUUCCUCCGAACCUGACCGUACCGCGGGGCAAGUCUCCGAUGGCGGUGCGGGAGGGAGACACGGUGGAGCUGGAGUGCCUUGUUUCAGGGAAACCCAAGCCCAUCAUCCUGUGGUCUCGGGCGGAUAAGGAGGCGCCGAUGCCGGACGGCAGCAUGCAGAUGGAGACCUACGACGGCGUUCUGCGCAUCGUUAACGUGUCGCGAGAGAUGAGCGGAUCCUACCGCUGCCAGACCAGCCAGUACAACGGCUUCAACGUCAAGCCCAGAGAAGCUGUGAUCGAGCUCAUCGUGCGCUAUCCUCCGGCGGUGGAGCCGGUGUGGCAGGAGGUGCGGCAGGGUUUGGGUCGGACGGUGUCCAUGAACUGUCGUGUUCUUCGGGCUCAUCCGUCCCGCGUGCUGCGCUACGAGUGGAGGCUGGGCUCACGGCUGCUGCACGCCGGCACCUUCGACUCGCGCGACGACACCGACUACACCGUACGCAACCUGGCGCGGGAGGGCUACGGCGAGUACACCUGUGACAUCAUCAACGAGGUGGGGCCUGGACGCUGCACCUUCCUGGUGACCGGUGAGACUCCUCCCACUCGACAUCACCCUGCGGCAGAGUGCUUUAACUUCCAUUGAAUCUUUUAGGUUUUUAGACCCGACGCGUCUAGACUCUUUCUCUGCUGUGUUUGGCUCUGUGGUUUAG